AUGACGCCUCGCCGGUCACAACGAGUAGGACGCCCCCGCCUGGACGGCAGCAGCGAGGCCAUACUCUCCGACGAUCGUCGCACCCAGGUCCGUCGCGCACAGCGCACAUACCGACUGAAGAAGGAGGCCAUUUUUCGAAAUGCGACUGCCAGGGCAGAACAGCUCGAAGCGAAAAUACGCACCGCCAUUGAAGAAGCAGCUGGGCUUUCCGAGGUCGCCACAGAGGCGCAGCUGCAGCUCUCUCAUCCGGAUCUCCAUGCACGAUUGAAGAGACUUCAGGAAAUCCUAGCUGAGGGUAAUAUCAUCAUUGAAAGGGGUUCCCCUGCCGAGUCCUCUCCAGAUUUGCCGCGACAUCGUGGGCCGGUGUUUAAUGCGCAAGUUCAACCGCCCAAACAUCACUCUCUUCCCUCUCCCCUACCAACCAGGCAGUACACAUAUGCAUUCCAAGAAGUGCGCUUCGCUCGUAGAUUACAGCGAUACAGCCUCGAGCACGCAUAUCGCCUCUUUGCAGAAUCCAGUUCAGAGCCUGGUGAGAUCUACCGCGUGUUCCGCCUCGUCCCCUGCGUGAGGGACCCGGACAAGACCCAGCCGCGAUUCCGGCAACUCUUGCUGGGCGGAUGCACAGACUCUCUCGAGGUACCUGGUCUGCCAUUUUACAGCAUCGGUGGCGCGGGCACGCAUUUCCCGGAUGUUGACGGGGAAGGUAAUGCAGUAUACCCGGCAAAUAGUCGGAUGCCGCGGCGGAUUUUGGGGUUGCUGCCGUGGGCGGAGCUAGGGACUAAGGGAGGUGGAGAUCCUCUGGAAGUCUUUGGGCUUGGAGGUGACUGGUUUGAUUGUCGUGACGUGGAGGGCUACCUCAAACUGCAUGGGGUGGAGGUAGAUGGGGGUUUGUUUCCUGCUCUGCACAUACCCAGGGGACAAACAGAGAGUGAUAGUACCUGGCCUUCCUAUGUCUUGGAUGUUGAGGGAUUCUUUUCACGUCUUCUCUCUGGGCUCGUCAUCCUCGGCCGUGCGCCUGGGUUCAGGAAGACGGACGUUAGGCGCCGAUAUCAAGUCCUAGGGCAGCAUCCCUAUCCUUUAUACUGUGAUACCAAACACACAGCCACCAUGGCCUCGCUCAAGUUGGAAGACCAGAUUGCCAUCGAGCCCAUCGGCACCGACUGCUACCGCUCCAUUGUUCCUCCCAUCUGCAUGGGUGACCUGGCCGACUGGGCCUACGGCGGCAACAUUUUAGCUGUCGCUGUCAACGCCGCCUACGCGACUGUCACAGAAGGCCAGCACCUGUACUCCAUCAGUGGCCACUUCGUGCGACCCGCCAGCCCAUUUCAGAAGCUCAUCUGCCGCGUGGAGCGUAUCCGCAACACACGCACGUUCCAAACAAGGCUUCUUCGCAUCGUCCAGCCCGAAGGAAAAAUCGAACAACUGUGUCUGAUCGCAACGGCAGAUUUCCACAUCGAUGAACCGGCUGACCUUGUGAACUAUUCUACUCGUCCAAAACUCCUCGUCCCGUCAACGCCAGCGGUGGAAACCGCAACAGAAAAAACGCAGGAACGAGGACUCUACAGGAUUCUCGACACGAUGAUGGAGGUCCACCCUCACAGUACCGACCUGGAUGGCAGAGACGUCUCGGAUAUCGUCUCAGCUGAUCGGUUCCGUAUUCAGGGAGCUCUUCAUACAGAGGCGAACCGAAUCGCUGCCCUUGCGUUCUAUAUGGACCGCGGACUUGCGUACGUUCCGGCUAACCAUUCCGGUUAUAGCUUGUUCCAGGCCAGUGCCUGUGCAACUCUCGACUUUGCGCUUCGAAUUCUGACUCAUGAAUUUGAUUUGCAAAAUUGGCAUGUCAGUGAGAGACAGACCUUUUGGGCAGGGAAUGCGAGGGCGCUCAGCGAAGGGAGGGUUUUCACUGAGGAUGGUCGGUUCCUGGCGAGUAUGACGCAGAAGACGAUCCUGAGGCCGCAAAGGGGGACGGCCAAGAUGUGA